UUUUGCUGUCAAAUCUGGGUGAUGAUAAUUUGAUACCCAGCAUUGUUUUCAAUUAAUUAGAGAGUACCUACCUAAUAACUUCCUAUUCGUAGAACUUUAAAAUGUGUUAAUAUUGAAAUGUGCGAAUUUUGAAUAAGCAUAAAACAUAAUAAUAUACAAAAAAACAAAAUGUGUAAAUGUACAUUUGUGCUAGCUUUGGUUUUUAUGUUAAGUUUACCGGAUUAUGUUGCUCCAGUGGAAGGUUCAGUAUAUGAAUAUAAUCCAGAAAUGUUUAAAUCACAAGUCAUGGAAAUGGAUGGCAAUUUUAUUAUGUUCUAUGCACCUUGGUGUCGACAUUGCACCGAAUUUGAGCCUAUAUGGACUGAGCUAGGUGAAUUAAUAAAUACCAAGGAUUCCAGAUUUGUUAUUGCUCAGAUGGAUUGUACUAAGUAUCCAAAAUUGUGUCAUGAAAAUGAUAUAACAGGAUAUCCAACAUUGUUAUAUUUUCCCAAAAAUUCAUUUUCACCCAUUGAAUAUAAAGGGACAAGAGAUCUUCCUUCAUUGACACUCUUUUUGAGUGAGGUUUUCACUAUGGGAAAGGAUGUUGAUGAGAUCCCUGAAAGAGAAACAUCAUCUGAAGUUAAAAUACACUAUGGAAUGGCACAUUUGACUGAUCACAAUAUAGAAAAAUUCAUAUCAAAUGGACAGCAUUUUAUUAUGUUUUAUGCCCCAUGGUGUAUGGCUUCACAGAUGUUAGGACCAAUAUGGGCAAAGCUGGCUAUGCAGUAUGAAAAUAAUGAAUACAUACAAAUUGGUCAAGUGAAUUGUAUGCUCAAUGAAAUAACUUGCAAGAACUUUGAUAUUAAGCAGUAUCCAUACCUGCUGUGGAUUUUUAAUGGCAGAAUUAUGGGAGUUGCUGUAGAAAUGUACACAUUGGAAGAUUUAACAGAAUAUGUAGAGAAAAUGCUGCUCACUGAAAACCAUGAUCCAGAUAAAUUCAUGAAGAAAAAGAAAGCAUUGCCAGUUGCGAGAAUAACAGAGGAAACAUUUGAGACAUUCUUACAAAAGGAUCUGGUGUUUGUUAAUUAUUUUGCACCUUGGUGUGCCCAUUGCAUGCAAUUGAGUCCACUCUGGAUGAAACUCGGUGAGAAAUUCCAAGAUGAACCCAGGGUACUGAUUGCUGAUGUUGAUUGUGUCAGAUCAAAAGCUGUUUGUGAAAUGGAAAAGAUUAACGGCUUACCCACACUGAUUCUAUACAAACACAAAGAAAUUGUAAGUGUUGAACACGGAAGCAGACCUCUAGAGAGCCUGGUGAGUUUGGUCAAUGAACAUUUGCAAAACUCGACUAAAAAAGAAUCAGAUAAGGAUAAAUCAGAACCAAUACUGGUUGAUGCUAAUCUAGAUCCUAGUCAAGAAAAUGUUUUAGAGAGUACAGAGAAAGAUAAAUUAAGCGACGACGAAAUAAUAAUUCAAGAUGAUACUAAUGAACUACCAGAUUUAAAUGAUUUAGAUGAAGUAGUAGAAGUGAAUGAUGACGACGAAAAAGAAAUGCAUACCAAAGACGAACUCUAAUACGUAUUUCAUAGGUAGAUAAAUAAAAUAUUUAUUUGAUCUCAAA